GGACAAGGUUUUAUUUUCGGGGAAACGCGGUAGUAAGCAGUGGCAUUGACACAACUUGAAGAACUGUAUGGAAGGUACCGGACUUCAGUGCUGCCAGUAUGCAAACAUUAACGCCCGAGAGAAUUUUCAAUAAAUCAAAUCACUCUGUGCACAGGAACACAGUCGAACGCAUCAGUUGUGACCGACUUCUAAAAUCAGGAUGGAACUUACAAAAUUACUAUUUUGUCUUUUCUCCUUAUGGAUAUUCACUGAUUGCUAUGCAUCUGUUGACGAUGAAAAAUGUGGCAUGACUCCGAGAGCAGAUAUAGAUUGGAAAAAGGUUCCUACCUUCUGGUAUCUGUCAUAUUACUCUCCGAAUCCCAUAUUUUCUGAAGUCGUUUCGUGUCAAGCUUCUUAUCUUUACAAAAUUGUUGACGAAGGACCCGAAAGUUACGCUGUCUUUCAUGGAAAAGAUUAUUACUAUAAUGGUAAUACUCCAGAACAGUACGAACUUUCAUUCAAGCAUGCCGGUCAAGGACCAGGCCUUUAUUAUUGGACCUCGGCAAACAAUAGCAUUGUGGACGCAGGAUCAAAGGUAUCCUCUACUAGGUCGUACAACAAAGAACGUACCGAGCUCGAAGAAAUGGAGAUGCAAAUAGCAGUAGACGUAAUGGCAACGGAUUAUUCUACCUAUUUAAUCGAUAUCUCUUGCAAUAAACAUACGGGAGAAAAACAAAUAGUUCUUGUAUUCACAACGAAUCCCGAUCCAACGGCAGAGGAAUUUCUGAAUGUUCGCCGAGCCUUGAUUGACCUCAAUGUGACUGAAACUCUGGCUGCAACCCAAUGUGCUUCUUCACCAGCAAUAGCUGACUUCGCCAAAUUGAAAAUGUAGCAUACAUUUCGAAAUACUCAGUUUAAUAAUACAAAAAGAAACAUGAUCAAUUGCUACCCAAGAGACUGAAAGAUAUAUAUAUAUAUAUAUAUACUCAUCAGCAACAAGAUUUUUCGGAAUAUUACAGGAUUUGGUUAAUUAAAAGUUCAUUUUUAAAUAUAUUUUAAAUCUGCAACUUUUGACAAAGUGAAAUUGUGGUGCAAUGGUGCAGUGUACAGGGCUUCUCGACUAUUUUCUUUAUCAAAAAUCCGUGAACAAAACUUAAAAAUGGCUGGGGCCCGGUAGUUUUAGAAAAUAUAUUUGAUAUGCAAACAGAACUUCAAAUGCAGUAUGAAACCAAAUACACGAACGAUGCUCAAUUAUGUGGUUACGAAUGUUGCGCAUGGGUAUACCGGCACCUCAAGACCUUAGUUUUCUAGCUUUGCGUCGAAUUUGCUAACAUAAUCGACAAAUAACGGACAAAAUAUUAAUAAAAAAAAGUAAAAGCCUUUUAGCAAACUCAACCACGCACUAAAAAUUCGAAACACAGUAUAUUAAUUGAUGCGAAAAAAUGAUUUUUCUGUACAACAAUACCACAGGACCACAGCAAUCUAGCAAAAUGUAUCAAAGGCCCAUUGCGUGUCUACUAACAAAGUUAUUUAUCUGUCGUCAGAUCCAUGAAUUACACUUAAUUCUUUGAAUCUCGGUUCCAAAUUGGUGAAGGUAUACUGGUAGCUGGUACAACUAUCAAAAUUUUCCAAAAAUAAAGUGACGCUAAUAUUUCCUACCUUGAAACCUC